UACCGUUUGAUGAGACAGGCAGCGAUGGACUCCACAAAUAGAUGUUACGACAAUGUGUUUGCCGUAUUCUUCGCGGAGGAAGCGAGCACAUCGAAGCCGCAUUAUUCACAGGCGCACAUCGGCGAGAAAAAACUCGCAGCUUCUCCGAGAAAUGCCGGAAAAUCGCAGUUUCUUCGACGGAGCCAGCGCCACCGACCACACCGACCGGUCUCACCGCUCGCCGCGCGAGAGUCAAGACUCGCUCAUAGAUGGCGUUCGCGCGGCUCCGCUCGGCUUCGACUUGGGCCUCUCGGCGGCUGCGGCUUUGGAUUGAGUCGCCCGUUGCAAGCUCCACCUCCUCCGACAAAUCGACCAAUGGAAGCGGCCUCACGUUCUCGCGGGGCAGGCACCGCCCCCAACACCCCCCCGUCGAGCGGCAUGCACAAAGAUCCCGAUCAGGCCUCCUCGCCCGCUCAUUCGAGUGCGGUCGCUCUCUUCUUCGAGCCGAUCUCCCCACACGAGAUCGCGAUAGCCGCAAAAGCGACAUCGUCUGCUCCGCCGACCAACUACGUCGUCUGCUUCGUGCGCCACACCAACCGCGUCGCGGUCAGUUUUUGUCCGCCUGACCUCGAGUUUCUGCCCCCGGCUUGGACGACAGACUGAAGACACACAAGUGGCAGCCAUGCUUCUACCGCACCAAACGGUCAUCCACAAAGGCCCUCCCGCCCUGGCGUCUCCGCCGCACGCCGAGGUCCCGGUGAGCAUGAGUCGCGGAAGUCCGGACCACAUCAAGAGACCCAUGAACGCCUUCAUGGUGUGGUCGCGCGGACAACGUCGCAAGAUGGCCGUCGAGAACCCCAAGAUGCACAACUCGGAGAUUUCCAAGAGGCUCGGCGCAGAGUGGAAGCAGCUGUCCGAAACGGACAAGAGACCCUUCAUCGACGAGGCAAAGCGCCUGAGAGCGCUUCACAUGAAAGAGCAUCCGGACUACAAGUACAGGCCACGUCGCAAGCCCAAGGUGACGCUCGGUACGUCGUCGUCUCCUCAGACGCUCCAGAAACAGAAGACGGCAACGGGUGGAUUGUCUGCCCAAGACAACCCAUUCUUCAGCUUCGAAUCCGUGAGUCGGUUCGGACGGCUGGACAGCCAGAAGGCCGCCACGACGCGCAACGGUCUCGGAGUCGGCGGCAGCCACAUGUCUCCGGCGUCUCAGCAGCACUGGCUCAACUCGAGCCUCGCCAAACUGCGCGGUGAGCCGACGCCGAUCUACUUCAAGUCCGACAUCGCCGCUCCAACGCCGCUGUAUUCAACGCAAGCGCCUGCGACGAGUCCGCCUUCGACGCAGGCUAACUUCCUCUGCCCCCUGUCGCCCGGUCAGGGAAGCUUCGUGCCAUGUCCGUGCCCCUCGUACUACCCGCCUCAGGCGCUGCAUCAUCCCUCGUUCCCCUGCUUUCUGCUCAAGCCGCCGGAGGGUCUGGGACUGACCAGGCCAUCUCCUGUGUUGUCCGCGUCUUCCAUCGCCUAAAAGACCCAUUACCGAGGCAGCGAGACUUUUGCGUUGCCGCGCGGUUCGUCGAAACAUUUCAAGUGCCUUUUGUGCUCAGACUCUUUUGGUACCUGGACGUUGGCGAGUAUAUGCCUGGUGUGACGAACCACGAUGCUUUCAAUUGUAAGAAGCUUGUAUAUAGGUCGUUUGUUUUUUCUCUACUCUUUAUUUGUUCCUAUCUUUUUUUCUCUUUUGUACAUAUACAUAAAUCUUCGCAUAACUCUACUUUCGUUCUUGUCGUCGGCGUUUUGUCGCUCAUAAUUCUAGUCUCCGAAUUCGUUCGACGACACCAACAGAGCACCGUCUUAGCUCUUUAGAUGACCGAAGAGAUGCCGGGCGCAUUUACCGUGCAAUUCCGUUCCUCACAUCGUCGUCCAUGCCGCUUUGGCGGUCGGUAUGCGUUCCCACUUUUUUGCAACGGCUAGUCAAACCUUUAUACCAACGUACCAUGUGUGCAAUCAAAAUCAAAAUUUCUCUGAAAUUGUUUCCACAUGUUUUUUUUUUUUUACAAAUGUUUCACUCCAAGGAACGCAUCGUGUUAAUGACUGCGUAAAAAUAUUGUUAAUAAUUGCCGCUCCGAUUCCACCAUUGGCCAUUGGAAGCGUACAAAGUUACCUCAUGCCUCGAUAUACUGCCAAAUUACUUUUAUAAAGAUAUUUAAUAAAAGAAAACUGAAUUAUGUA